AUGAAGACCUCCACAGCUGCCCUUGCUGUACUUUUCGUGGCUGUCCUCUGCUACCAGGUCUCCUCUUCUCCAACUUCUGUCAACUUUUCUGGUCCCUGCUGCGUCAAAUACAGCACCAAAGCGUUUCCCUCGAGCCGCGUGAUGAUGUAUGAGCACACAGGCAGCCACUGCUUCCAGCCAGCCGUGAUAUUUACCACGGUCGUAGGCAGGAUGGUCUGUGGCAAACCCGAUGAUAAGUGGGUCCAGGACAUCGUGAAUCACCAAAAGGACAAGGCAGGCCGUGGAUGAGCAAUACCCUGCUCCCUCCAAGCAUCACCUCUGUGAGGACCUUCUCUCAUGGGCACCUCCAAGACACGUC